GAACAAGAAAGUUGUUGAUUAUUCUCAGUUUGGGGAUUUGGAAGAUGAUGAUGAAGACUUUGCACCUUCAAGCAAAAAGUCCAGAACACAGCUCAAGGAAUCAAAGAAGGAGAAAAAAGAGAAAUCAAAAAAGCCCAAAGAAGUGAUUCCAUCACAGACACAGACACUUAGUAAGAGGUUAUCCUUGGAUGAGAAACUUUAUAAAAGAGAUUUGGAAGUUGCCUUAGCCUUAUCUGUCAAAGAAAAAUCUUCUGAUCCCCAAGAAGUGCAAAAUUCAGAAGAGCAAGGUAAGAAUAUUGAGUCAGAAAAUGCACAGAGGAGACCUCCUUUUUCCAACUGCAGUGUAGACAGUGAACUUUUAGGUCUCAAUCGGGUUAUGGAUGAGGAUGCACCUGAGGGUGAUGGGAGGCAAAGGACAGCAGCAACCAAAGUCCCAGCACUUCACAAGUCACUGGUGGCUGACAGUGAUGACAGAGCCCAUGAUCCUGAUGAUUCUGACCCAGAGUCUGUACCCACAUCACCUAUAGUUUCUCCUUCCUGGAUAAUGGAAAACAACUCGGAGCCAAGGCAGAAGGUGAUGUCCAGUCCCUUGGAAGCAGCUGGGAGGCCUCUACAUGCAUCAAGUCCUGUCACAGACAGAAAGCCUAAAUGGACACCACCAGCUCCCUCAGGAAGCAGUAAUGCCUCGGUGAAAUGUGUUCCUGUUAAGUCACCUACUCACUGCCUAAGGCUUGGGCUCUCCAGACUGGCAAGAGUCAAACCUCUCCAUCCCAGUGCUACCAGCAGUUAAUGGUCAGUGGCAAAGUGCCACACAGAGGAAAAGACUGUGGAAAGGGUUUUGCUGAUAAGCAAGGGUGGCAGCAUCCUGGAAUCAUCCAUUUUGGAGGACUCUUAUUACAGAUGUCUCUCAUGUUGAGAUGAGUUUUUAUUCUGCAAAUUGCUAGGCAUCUUUUAAGUGCUACUGAAUACUAAUGUUGUUUAAUCAGAGUGACAUCUGGCCACCAGCUUUUUGAUGUAUUAUAUUCAGAGAUGUUGGUUUGUGAUAAUUUUAAUUCUUUAAUACCUAAAGUCUUGGCAUUAAUGUAGUCUAGACAGCACUAUGGCAGUAUGAUGAAGGAAAUGAUUUUUAGAAUUUUGUAUUUUUAAAAAAAUUAAAAUAAAAUAUUUUAUAAUGUC